AAACAUAUUCAGCAGCACCAAUUGCAAAGCGACGAGGCAGGGAGAGGGGAGAGUGGUUUAAAGCCAUGCAACACCACUGCCUCGACGAUUUGAUUAAUAGUUGUUAACUUAAAAAAAAAAAGAAAAAAAAAAGAAAAAACAUGUAACUAAAAAAGGCAAUCCCUCUCCCAAGUAAUUUCGUAUACGACAAUCUUUUGACGAAGUUUAUUCUUUUGCGACAAAAACGGAGUUAUUAAAAAGAAAAAGUAUUUUGACAUGUUCAAGGAUAUACCUCAACAAAUGAUGCGUGUAAAGUUGCACAAGGGAAAGCGCUCUCUCCAAUUUACGCAUGCCUAUGGAAUGAUUUUGAAUGCUUUAUCAUGAUUUUAACACGUUACCGUAGUCUGAUAGAGAUUAAAUCGUCCUUUAGUGUUGAUUUAAAAAUUCUAAUUUGAAAAUUCGAAUUGAAAAGAUUGUAAUAAUUGCAUUGGUGAGUAAUGAGUGGAGGGCGCUUUGAGUUUGAUGAUGGCGGGGCUUACUGCGGAGGUUGGGAGGGAGGUAAAGCGCACGGCCACGGGAUCUGUACCGGACCUAAAGGACAGGGCGAGUUCUCCGGCUCCUGGAAUUACGGCUUCGAGGUGGUGGGAGUCUACACAUGGCCGAGCGGAAACACAUACGAGGGGUACUGGUCGCAAGGGAAGCGCCAUGGGCUAGGUGUUGAAACCAAGGGACACUGGGUCUACAAGGGAGAGUGGACGCACGGAUUUAAAGGGAGAUACGGGAUGCGCAUGAGUCAGGGUAGCGGCGCCAAGUACGAGGGCACUUGGAAUAACGGACUACAGGACGGUUAUGGCACGGAGACCUAUGCGGAUGGCGGUACCUUCCAGGGCCAGUUUACCGGUGGGAUGCGACAUGGCUAUGGGGUACGUCAGAGCGUUCCUUAUGGCAUGGCAGCGGUGGUGCGUUCUCCUUUACGGAACUCGCUAAGCUCCCUGCGCAGUGAACACAGCAAUGGCACACUACUGCAACAGGAUGUCCCGGUCAUCACCGCCACUAAUGCAUCUGGUCAGGAAACUUUGGUCAAUGCUCCCACGCCUCUUGGCCCAUCUCGUGGAGGCUUUGCCCUCACCCUCCACGUGGACCCCGAUGCGGUUAAGCCCAAGAAGAAAGGCCUCUUCCGCCGUGGCUCGCUCCUGGGCAAGUUGAAGAAGUCAGAGUCUCGCACAUCCCUAUCGAGUCAGAAGAGCAAGAUCAGCUUCUUGCGGACUGAGUCGGCUCUUAGUUCCACCGCCAGUGAUGCCAACUCCACCAUCAGCCUGGGUGAGAGUGAGGGGGAAGGGGAGGGUCACGAGUUUCCUCCCGUGGAGUCGGACAUCGACGCCACCACCACUGAAGUCUACAUGGGCGAGUGGAAGAAUGACAAGCGCUCAGGUUAUGGGAUCAGCGAACGCUCGAGUGGGCUUAAAUAUGAAGGCGAAUGGCUGAACAACCAACGUCAUGGUUAUGGCUGCACUACUUUUGCAGAGGGCGGCAAAGAAGAAGGCAAGUACGUUAACAACAUGCUGGUGAAGUUGGUUAAGAAGAAGGUCAUUCAGCUGAAGGGCACGAAGAUUAAGCAGAAAGUGGAGCGGAGUGUCGAAGGAGCCCAUAGGGCUGCCGCCAUAGCCAAACAGAAAGCUGAAAUCGCCAACUCAAGAACAAACCAUGCCAAAAGCAAAGGAGAUUCCGCAGAACAAUCCGCCAUCGCAGCUAACAAUGAGUCUAGUAUUGCUCGUGUGGUUGCUAGAGAGCUCUCGCCCUCCUUCUAUCAACCAGGCCCAGAGUAUCUGAAAAAACGAGCCUUGCAGGAGAUCGCUGAGAACAAUGAGAACACUGACACAUUGUUAGCUGAAGAUUCCCAGCCAACACCCCCGGACAGCCCCUACAUGCAUGAGAUUGAAAAUUUGAGACCAAGCUCUACCUCUGCACGCACGCCCUCACCCACUCCUGCCAUCAUCCCUCUGGUCUCCAGCAAGGAAGAUUCAAACCUCUUGAGUCCAGGGAGCUGGAAUGGAGACAAGACCAGUCAAGGUAGUGGUAGCAGAGGCAGCAGUCGAGCAGGUAGCAGGCCGAGCAGUAGACCUACUACUCCGUCUUUCACUACAGCUGUGGCUCCUACUCCAGCUGCUGCCCCACCACCCACUCAUGAGGAGCGGUCUGCUCACAGCAGCAAGGGUGCAUCUCGUUCCUCCAGCCGCCAGAGCGCCAAAGCUGAGCAGGGUUCCGACAUGGAAAUCAAACCACUGCAGAUAUUGGACUCAAAAGCAGCAGAACCUUCCCCCGCUGCUAUGCCGGUAAGGAACAGCCUCGUCGUCACCACCGAUGAAGAAGAACCGCCUCGUCCUGCUUCCAAGCUGUCUUCCAAAGCAGUCACCCCUGAGCCAAAGGCACCUGAAGUCAAACAGAGAGCUGAAUCAAGACAGCUUGGAAAUGAGCGCCCAGCCUCUAUGAUAAGAAGCAAGUCUGAGCCAAGGACAGAAGUUAUGGAGGAGAAGAAAUUAACCAGCAAAGUUGAGCCUAAACCUUCGCCAAAACGAGAGCCAAGCCUAGCCCCGAAAGCUGCACCAAAGCCUGAGCACAAGUUAGUGUCUCAACCAGAACCUAAGCCUGUGGUCAAGCCAGUUGUUAAACCGGUUGCUAAGGUUGAGGCCAAAGUAGAGCUGAGGCAGAAGGCUUUGGUCAAAGCCCCCAGCGAAACAGCACAAGAGUCUCUGGAGCUAGAUGAGGGGCCAAAUACCAUUAUGAUCUGCAUGGUUAUACUCCUCAACAUUGGUUUGGCGAUUCUUUUUGUUCACAUCUUGUCUUGAGGCAUCAAAGCCUAAGGUGAAAGAAACUACCGUGGGGAGCUGCAAAGAUGCACUGCACUCCAUUAACGGCUCUGUUGUUGCAAUAUCCAGUUUCAGAACAGCCCUACUGAGCUACUCUAAAGAUGGCUGCCAUCUGUGGUUGAACUGAGUGAUCCCAAAUGAUCGGUGUGUUUCUGUGUCUGAACAUUGAAGAGUAAAGCAAUUGAACACAUUUGCUGAUUGUAAAAGGCACUGCUGAAUUUAACAGUUUCAACUCAGUUUGAUAGUUAAUCUGUGAAAAGGGCUAAUUUAUACUGUGUAUGUUUCACAAUCACAUGUCACAUAUUCAAUUGUGCUGGACAUGUCAAUUGGCAUGCAAUAUUCUACUUUAGAGAAUAAACAUACAUACGGUUAUGACAUUUCUUUUCUUUCAAUGGCUGUAACAAACAUCAAGUCCACCAGUGCACUUAGCUUAACACCAGGUUGUCACACUACUAAAGUUUUACCAAGUAACAUUAUGAAAUCUCAGAUGCUGUAGAAAAAUGCACAUUUAAUAAAAUGUCUUAAAGCCUCAAACUUGCCCUGCAUGACAAAGAGAGAUCCUGACUGUAAAACAAAAGUCGUGCCUGUAAGUAUAUUCCAUAAUAAAAGAAGGAAUAGUUGUGUAGUAUUCAUUUGUAUGAAUACUGGACAAAUAUUCAGAGCAUCGUCUUUGCUUUGAACAUAGUUGAAGUUGAAUUUAGUUGAAUGGUUGAAAUGCUUGAAAAAAAGAAAACUACAUUUUUAAAGUUGCAAUGAGACAAUUAAAUGUCUAAAUGUGUAAGGUGGUUAAUGUUAAGAGGGAAUCAUGUUGUCUGUAAAGAUAGCACAAGCUUCCUCCUAUAAAUAUGGUCUCCAACAGUUUGGCUGAGAGAUUUUAAACUAUACUAUUUACUGAAUGGGACGGGGGGAAUACUGUUUGGCUGUGUUUUACUGUGAAUUUGUGAUGACUGUCUGUUCUGGCAGAUGGUUUUUUAGCAUUUUUCUGCCUGUAUAAGAUAUAAAAUAAGAGAUUGAGAAUAUAUAAGCCCGGUUGUGCAACAAAUUCAGUAACUAUGUUUGCCCCAAAUUUUAUAUGCAUGUGUGCACAUUUGAUAAGUGUUUUGUACAUUUCUAAACUAUGGACUUUUUGUCUGAACAUUUGUUCUAAAAAUGCAUAAUUCAUGGUUUUAUCUAACUGCAAAACUACUUUAACCUUGAUAGAGUAGUUAAUAUUAUGUCAGAUUUGAUAAGAUAUGAUAUAUAUUGGAACUCCAGGUCUUACAGGAGCAUGUAAGCACUCUGUUAACUGUCCAAAAUGUUAUUUAUUGACGAAAUAAAGGGGUGUUUUAAAUUACUUUUUUUUC